GCAAUGGCCCUGAUAGCUCCCACUUGAAACCGCGCCCUCCAACAACAACCGAGAAUAUCUCGCACGACGCUCAUUAUCUACAUGACAGACUACUCCAUCGCUUGCGAUCCUCCCUCACAAUGGCCGACUAUUCGAAGUGGAAGGUCGUCGACUUGAAGGCCGAGCUGAAACGGCGCGGUAUUGCGCAGACGGGCCUCCGCGUGAAACAGCAGUUUAUUGAUAGGCUGGUGGAGGAAGAUGAGAAAGGUCAACCGGGCGACACAGCCCAGGAGGCGGCGCCGGAGUCGGAAGCCGCUCCGGAGGUAGCAGCCAAGGAACCGGAGCAACCUGCUGAACCUGAGCCUGAACCUCAACCUCAACCUGAACCUCAACCUGAACCUGUGCCCCAGCCGGAACCAGAGCAACCCGCAGAGAAGUCCGCAGACGAAGCGACACAGCCUACAGAAGCAGUGAGCGAGAAGGAAGAGCAGCCGAAGGAACCCGCCCCGAGCGGAACACAAGAUGAGCAAGCGGCGGAGCAGCAGGAUGAACAGGCCCAACCCGAACCACCUAGCGAGGCACCGGAAAAGCCAGUCGAAAGCGUGAAGCAGGCUGAUGUCGGAGAUCAAGCGCCUUCGCCACCCUCCGAGUCCCAACCGCCUCCUGCCCAACCGGUCGAGCAGGCUCCCGGAGACGCAGCCCCGCAACAGCCCGCGCCGGCUGACACGAACGGCGCAGGCCCAGACACCGCCGCCGAAAAGGGCGCACCGUCAGACGCGAACACGGAACUGUCCACACCUCUCCCGACAGAAGAGGUUUUGGAGGACCGCCGGAAGCGUAAGCGUCGCAGCCAGAGUCCCGUUCCCACCGCCGAGGCCAUUGCGAACAAGAAGGCCAAAGCCCAGGAGAGCGGCCCGGAAACGGUUUCUCCGAGAGGGGAAGAUCCGAUGGAUGUGGAUAGAGGUGAUAAACAGGAAGCCAGAGAAGCCCCGGACACAAGCGCAGAUGAUCAAGACCGUCCCGCUUCCACCCAAGACGAAGCCGCCCCCGAAAGCCCUGAUGCCCGAGCGAAGAAGGGCGCCCCGAAACAGGACGUCCGUUUCAAGGGGCUUUUUGCAGCCAAGGAACCGCAGCAGCCCCGACCUGCAUCCCCGCCGGCGGACACCGCCAUGGACGAUGAGCACAUGGAGCCCGCGCUCCACGCUGCCACCGCCGCCCUCUACGUGGACGGACUCAUGCGGCCGCUCCAACCUGCUGCCCUUCGCACCCACUUGGCCAGUAUUGCGUCGCCGCCCGGGAGUUCCCCCAACCCCGAUGUGAUCCUAGACUUCUACUUGGAUCCCAUCAAAACGCAUUGCUUUGCCGCGUUUACGAACGUCACGGCUGCCACCCGGGCGCGGGCGGCUCUCCACGGCACCGUCUGGCCUCCCGAGCGCAACCGGAAGACCCUGUUCGUCGACUUCAUCCCCGAAAACAAGCUCCACGAAUGGAUCGACACGGAAGAGCGGUCCCGGGGCCGCGGUGGCCCUCCGCCGCGCUGGGAGGUGAAGUUUGACCGGACCGAGGACGGCGUCGAGGCGGUCCUGGAGGAAGUGGACGCGCGAGCCGGAGGCGCUCCGCCCAGCCGCGGACCCGAGCCGGGCGACUUCUCGCGCCCACCACCCACGGGACCUCGCGCCGAUAUCGAACCCGGUCGACGACCCAGUGGUGGCGCCCCGGCGGCGGAGCCCACCCCGCGACCGGGACAAGGGUUCCAGCCGUUGGAUGAACUGUUCAUGUCUACCACCGCCAAACCCAAACUAUACUAUCUUCCGGUUCCCCGGCGAGUGGCGGAUCGACGUCUAGACCGGUUCGACGAUCUGCUGCAAAAGGGCUCGUUCCCCCGCCGCGGUGGCGACGAGCUGCGGCGCAUCACCUUUGAAGACGAGGAUCUCUUCGUCGAUCAUGGGCCGGAAUUUGCGCCGCGUGGUGGGUACCGUGGCGGCGGUCGUGGCGGGGGCCGAGGACGCGGUCGCGGACGUGGCGGAUUUGGCGAUUCCUGGCGCGAUGAGCCGCGGGGACGACACUAUUGAUCAUACUGUGCCAUUUAUGUCCUUGGAUUAUGAUCUUCUCCGCCUUUUCUUUCUGUUCUCCAACUUUUGUCACCGUUCUGACGAACAAAAUCGUGUCUUGAACGGCAUCCCUCUUGUCCAUGGGGAUGGCUCUUGGAGGGGAAAUGUUUCAUGUAUAGUAGUAGAUGGGCCGAUAAGGAUAAGGACUUUGGGAGCAUGGACUUGGGAAUCGAUGUCCAAUCUGUAGAUGUAAC